UUCCACCGAGGGGUUAGGGCCAUCCCCCAUUUUUCUCACCUAGGAGGCGGCGGCGGCGUCGGCAGCUUGCGAUGUUUGGCCUCAAAAGAAACGCAGUAAUCGGACUCAACCUCUACUGUGGGGGGGCCGGGUUGGGGGCCCGCAGCGGCGGCGCCUCCUCUUCGGGAGGGCGGCUUUUGGCUUCGGGGAAGGAGGCCACGGCCCGGCGGGAGGUAGGGGGAGGGGAAGCCGGUGCGGUGAUUGGCGGAAGCGCCGGCGCGAGUACCCCGGCCACUCUCGCGCCGGACGCCCGGAGGGUCGCGCGGCCCUCGCCCAUUGGCGCCGAGGGCCCCAACGUCACCGCGACCCCCCCGAGGCUGCUGUUCUUCGAGCCCACCCGCCGCGCGUCGCCGCCUGAAGAGAUGGAAGGCCCAGCUGCCGACGCCAUCAUGUCGCCCGAAGAGGAGCUGGAUGGGUACGAGCCGGAACCUUUGGGGAAGAGGCCUGCUGUCCUGCCUUUGCUGGAGUUGGUGGGGGAGGCCAGCAGUGGCCCCUGCACGGACGGCUCACUGCCCUCGACGCCACCCCCAGCAGAGGAGGAAGAAGACGAGUUGUACCGGCAGUCCCUGGAGAUAAUCUCUCGGUACCUGCGGGAGCAGGCAACGGGCGCCAAGGACGCGAAACCACUGGGCGGGCCUGGGGCUGCCAGCCGGAAGGCGUUAGAGACCCUCCGACGGGUCGGGGACGGGGUACAGCGCAACCACGAGACGGCCUUCCAAGGCAUGCUUCGGAAACUGGACAUCAAAAACGAAGACUAUGUCAAAUCUUUGUCUCAAGUGAUGGUCCAUGUUUUCAGUGACGGAGUAACAAACUGGGGCAGGAUUGUGACUCUUAUUUCUUUUGGUGCCUUUGUGGCCAAACACUUGAAGAGUAUAAACCAAGAAAGCUGCAUCGAACCAUUAGCAGAAAGCAUCACAGAUGUUCUCGUAAGGACAAAACGAGACUGGCUAGUCAAACAAAGAGGCUGGGAUGGGUUUGUGGAGUUCUUCCAUGUAGAGGACCUAGAAGGUGGCAUCAGAAAUGUGCUGCUGGCUUUUGCAGGUGUUGCUGGAGUAGGAGCUGGUUUGGCAUAUCUAAUAAGAUAGCCUUUUAAGUGCAAUAACUGACUUUUAACCAACCCCAUGCAACAAAAACAUGUGUGACUGCUGUGAAAUCAAAUGUAUUUAUGAAGUUGGACUUUGAGCUGUCCAGGCUGUAACCUCCGAGAGUUCUCCAGCAACGUAGAACAGCAAGUGGCAAGAGGAUUAUGGCUAACGGGAAUAAAUACAUGGGAAAAGUAGUCCCCCUUGAAGAGUCACUGUCUAAAAGAAGCAAAGUUCAGUUUCAGCAACAGGCAAACUUUGGGAGGCCAUGGAGAAGAACUUUUAGAUUUAGUGAAGAUGGUAGGGUUGAAGAAACUUAAUUUCCUUGUCUAGAACAGGAGAGUGGCCAGUAACCAGGCUAGUCAUAGAGUCCAUUAAAUAUGUCCACUGAAUUCAUUAACUUCUUAAAGUGUUACAAGAGAAGCACUAACAAUGGCAUUGAUCUAUAUAAAAUGGAUUUAAGCUACAGGUAAUAGAAUAUGACUAGAAGCCUCAGUACUGUACAACAGAGUGUGAAGGGAAGCUUUUUCUCUGCAAUUAGCCUUCCCAGGUAUACUUCUUGAAUGGAAAGUCCCAAGUGUUCAGGACUUUUAUACCUGUUCUACUUUGGCUUGGUUGAGUGGUUUAGUUUAUUAGCCUAGUAAUGGCCAAGAAUACUUGACUUAAGGCUCAAUAAUCACAGUUGCAAAUAUGAGAAUAUCCUCAAUUUUUAAGGCAAAAACAACUUGUAAAUGUAUUGUCUGUAAAAAUUGUAUAUAUUUUUACAGAAAGUCUAUUUCUUUGAAAUGUAAAGGGAUGAAGAGUCUCGAAGUACAUUAGUUUUUUCAUACCCGUUUGAAAUUUACAACUUCUGUAGUUAGGAAUCUAUUUCUUACAGCUUUUCUAUUCUAAAUUUUGUCUUGGUCAGUUGUAGAUUGUAUACAGAACCAAUUGGUGUAGUUGUACACAACUUGGUUGUAAUGGAACAAUACUGAUUCAUAACUAUGCAGACUUUAAUUUUCCUAUCUGGUUGGUAAGUAUUCCUCAGUUUUUGUUUUUGUUUUUUUAAACUUGGGAUUGAGAAAUUGAGGAGUGGAAAUUCAUCCUUUCACCUCCUUACAUGCGGGUUUUCAGUAAUUGAGUCAAAGUGGAGUUUAAGUUUGGGGCAGGGGGCAUGGGCUGAUAACUUACAAAAUAAUGGGCUCUGGUUGGUGAGUAACUACUCACUUGAGUUCCUUAUAUUUGACCUAAUUUAACUGGUGAAAUUUAAAUUGAAUUUAUGAGCUCAUCUUCAAAACUUUUGCUAAAAGAUUUUCAGCUGUUCCAAGUGGGACUUACUAACAGUAUGUAUAUAAAAAGAUCACAUCAGUGGAUGAGAGAUAUUUGAUCCCUUGUUUGCUUAAUAAAUUGUAAAAUGAUGGCUUGGAAAAGCAGGCUUACACUCUAACCAUGGUGCUAUUAUUAGGCUUGCUUGUUUAAACACAGGUCUAAGCCUAGUAUAUGAAUAAAACAAAUACUUAUGUUUCAUUUCUAUUAAUGAUUCCCAAACUUUGUUUCAGAUUUUUGUAUUGGCAUCUCUUUGGAUUUCAGACUUGACAUGUUAUUGAACCUGACUUUUUAUUUUCUGUCUUUGCUGCUUAAUUCUCCCUCUAUAGAUAGUUAUUUCAGUUCUUAAUAUCCUUACCCUGCCAUCCCUGAACUCUUACUAGCCCUUUUAAUUUUUGGCACUAUGAACCCUACAUAAGCCCCUAAACCCCCACCCCAGGAGACCAGAGACCUUCAUCCUUAAUGAAUUUUAUUCUCGGGAUGUGGUAGUACAGUGGGUGCCAUGACCAUAACAGUCAUGUGGUAGGAGGAGUCCCUUUUCCGUUGCUUUUCAGUUGCUUCAUCCUGUCUUGGGGGGGAAAGUUUUAAAAGCCCCUUUAGGAAUUUUCAGUUCAGUUCAACCUUUUCAGUUGCUUCAUCCUGUCUUGGGGGGGAAAGUUUUAAAAGCCCCUUUAGGAAUUUUCAGAAGGAGGGGACAGCAAAUUAUGUGACUUUCUUUAGGUUCCUUUGCGUUCAAAAAUGCUCAUUUAAAAUCCUAGAGACAGGCUCUGUUAAACUUCAAAGAGUUACAUAAAAGCUACUGGUAAACUGAAGAAAGCUUCUAUAGUAGACCAGGGUCAUUUGAAAGCUUCAUCCAUAGAACAUGACCUUUAGUCUAUGGACUCCAGAUGAAAAUAGGUAUGAAUAAAAUGACUAAGAAUGUAAUAGGGAAAGAUUGCCCUGCCUGCCCAUCAUCGAGCCAUAAGGUCAUCUAGCUAGAGCUAUUUUUACCUAUGUAUUUAUCAUUCUUGAUCAUGAACCAUUUAUUUAUGUCAGGUUUAUCUCUAAGGACCUAAAAGCACUUUAUGUAGUUUCUAAUUAAUCUUAAAAUCUGGUAAAGGUGACUAAAAGGCCUGUCUCCCCAUAUGCAGUUGUGGAAAUAAGCACAUAGAUGUAAAUUGGAGGAGUUUAGGGAACCCACCUCCCUGUUUACUAGGUGUUAACUGCUGAAAUGUAGAGGAGGAUGUUAGUUGAAACUUUGGGUCGGGCUCUCAGGGCUUAGGGAGCCCAAGUGCUUUAGGGAAGGGUGGGUGGUUUUCUAGGGAGAGGAGGAGGCACGUGUUCUAAGUGCUGACUAGCUGCAUAGUUCAAGCAAAUCCUCCAGAAUGGAAAGGGAGGGGCUGCUUGGAAAGCUGGCUCUCAGCAACUUGUCUUAUGCUUCUCUCAGGGAAAAACAUGCAAUCCUCUAGUGUCCAUGUACACUCUGUUGGGGGUGAACACCUUGGUUCUGUUUAAAACCGCUAACGCUGUUGACAGCUGUGCCAGGAAGGGUUAGGACCAACUACAAAUUAAUGUGGGCUGUAAAAUGUAGUGUGUUUCCCUAACUUCCUGUUUUUCCUGAAAAGAAAAUAAUAAAUCUUUUAUUCAAAUGCAA